AUGGUUUCUGGCCAUGGCGUUGGCUUGGACACGGACAUCGACAUGGACAUGGACAUGGACAUGGUCCUGGAUGCGGAUGCGGCCAGCUUGCACAGCAAGAGAGUAAACGAAUUUCAUUUACGGAAACGUGCGCGUUCGCCGCGUUACAGCCUCCAGUUGGAUUAUUCAAUAGAUUUCUUCAAAACGUAUAUCGAUACGCAGCGUUUUUACGCCGGCCACAAAUUGGAUUUCAAACAUCAAAGUUGUGCCGGCGGCGCUGCUGGAGUGCUAGGAGUCGUCGGCAACACCAACAGCAGCAACACCAACACCCAGCAGCAACAGCAGCAACAGCAGCAACAGCAGCAGCAACAGCAGCAGCCGUUGCCAGCGAACGGUAGCAACAGCAGCCACGCCCACAGUCACGCACACGCCCUAGCGGCCGCGCACGCACACCAACUGCACGCGGUGCUGCCGUUGCAACAGCAACAGCAACAACAGCAGCAGCAACAGCUGCCGGCGGGCACAGCGCCACAUCAGCAGCAACAACAACAACAACAGUUGCAGGCAACACAGCAGCAACAGCAGCAACAGCAACAACAACAGCAGCAGCAGCAGCAGCAGCAGCAGCUGUUAAACAGCAAUAGCAGCAACAGCGUAGGCGUGGUCACGCCCACAUUGUUAAUAGGCAACGGACCAGGCUCGUCGGGAGCAUGUCAUACGAUAGGCACAUCAGCAGCCGCCGCCGCCGCCGCAGCUGCUGCGGCCGCUGCCAGCGCCGCAUCGGCGUCCGUAUCGGGCGUUACAGCGGCAUCUGUGGCCAGCGGCACGUCCCUGCCGCACGUGGCGCCGCACAGUCUGGGGCUGAGUCCGCAAUCGAGCGCCGAUUCGCAGCAGUUCAACAUAUUUCCGGCCAUAUUUAGCCGGCAGCUGAACUUUUCGGCGGCCGGCGCUUGCGGCCAGGCGGCCAAGCUGAGCAUGGACGAGCUGCGUCCGAAUCUGGUCGGUGGCCUGCUCGGCCUGCAGCAGGGCCUGCUCGAGGAUCAUGCCAGCAGCAUGCAGCACGCAGGCGGCGGCGGCGGUGGUGGCGGCGGCGGCGGCGGCGUACCGCAGGACACGAAAUUUAUGUCGUUCCAGGAUAAUCGCCUGAUGGGCAUCGGCGGCGCACACGAGAACCGCCUGCUCAGCUUGGCCACGUCCGUGCAGGAUACACGCUCGCCGAUCACCACGCUGGACAAGUCAUCCUCCUCCUCGCUCAACCAUCAGCGCAAAUGCAGCAGCACGCCCGAGGACUUCAGCGCCCUCUACUCGGGCCUGCCCACGCCCGGCAUGGACUCGUCCUCGCACCAUCAUACGCCGGCACAUACGCCGCCCUCGCGCCUCUCCGAUCACACCAUAUCAGCCGAAGGUGCAUUCAAGAAACUCAAACCGGAACCCAACAGCGGCCUGUCAACGGUUUCCGCCGGCAUCACAUCGCCCGGAAGUGGACUCUCCUCGCUGAGUCAGCAUGCCGGGCAUACCCCAACCACAGCAUCCUGCCCAACGCCAGCCAGACGAAGACAUCGAACCACAUUCACACAGGAACAAUUAGCUGAACUGGAAGCUGCAUUCGCCAAAUCGCAUUACCCGGAUAUUUACUGUCGCGAGGAGCUGGCGCGCACGACAAAGCUAAACGAGGCCCGAAUACAAGUUUGGUUUCAGAAUCGACGCGCCAAAUACCGCAAGCAGGAGAAGCAGCUGCAAAAGGCAUUGGCACCAUCUGUGAUCCCGUCGUGCAAUGGCAUGAUGCGGAACAUUCAAGGCUAUAGCGUGUCCCGCGGCUAUCAGCCGUAUCCACACCACAACACCAUGAACCGUUAUCCCCAGGAUCUGUUCCAAAUGGGCGCCUCCUCCUAUCCGGGCAUGACGCAGCCAUUUUCAAUGGCGCACAGCACGAAUAUGGGCUCCGUGGGCGUGCGCCAGGACUCGAUGGGCAUGUCACCGGAGGACGAAUGGUAUAACAAAAGCCUAUCCGCAUUGCGCAUGAACAGCUCGCAUCAUCCGAACUUAUCGGCGCCGAUGCUUCAAUAUCAAACAUAAUCAAAAACCUUUGACGACUUCUUUUAAAAGAUCGCAAUUCCAAUUUUUUUGCCAUUGGAUUGCGAUCAUUUAAGAGCGAGUGCGUCAAAUGGGCAACAGCUAUACAUAUAUAUAUAUAUAUAUAC